AUGGAGAAAUGGGGUGGAAAGAAGAGUGGGGCAGGAGGAAAGGAAGGGAACAGGGAGGGUGACAGCAGGAGGUGGGGAGCAGAGGUGCAGCAGGUGGGGAGCAGAGGUGCAGCAGGUGGGGAGCAGAGGUGCAGCAGGUGGGGAGCAGAGGUGCAGGAGGUGGGGAGCAGAGGUGCAGCAGGUGGGGAGCAGAGGUGCAGCAGGUGGGGAGCAGAGGUGCAGGAGGUGGGGAGCAGAGGUGCAGCAGGUGGGGAGCAGAGGUGCAGCAGGUGGGGAGCAGAGGUGCAGCAGGUGGGGAGCAGAGGUGCAGCAGGUGGGGAGCAGAGGUGCAGCAGGUGGGGAGCAGAGGUGCAGCAGGUGGGGAGCAGAGGUGCAGCAGGUGGGGAGCAGAGGUGCAGCAGGUGGGGAGCAGAGGUGCAGCAGGUGGGGAGCAGAGGUGCAGCAGGUGGGGAGCAGAGGUGCAGCAGGUGGGGAGCAGAGGUGCAGCAGGUGGGGAGCAGAGGUGCAGCAGGUGGGGAGCAGAGGUGCAGCAGGUGGGGAGCAGAGGUGCAGCAGGUGGGGAGCAGAGGUGCAGCAGGUGGGGAGCAGAGGUGCAGCAGGUGGGGAGCAGAGGUGCAGCAGGUGGGGAGCAGAGGUGCAGCAGGUGGGGAGCAGAGGUGCAGCAGGUGGGGAGCAGAGGUGCAGCAGGUGGGGAGCAGAGGUGCAGCAGGUGGGGAGCAGAGGUGCAGCAGGUGGGGAGCAGAGGUGCAGCAGGUGGGGAGCAGAGGUGCAGCAGGUGGGGAGCAGAGGUGCAGCAGGUGGGGAGCAGAGGUGCAGCAGGUGGGGAGCAGAGGUGCAGCAGGUGGGGAGCAGAGGUGCAGCAGGUGGGGAGCAGAGGUGCAGCAGGUGGGGAGCAGAGGUGCAGCAGGUGGGGAGCAGAGGUGCAGCAGGUGGGGAGCAGAGGUGCAGCAGGUGGGGAGCAGAGGUGCAGCAGGUGGGGAGCAGAGGUGCAGCAGGUGGGGAGCAGAGGUGCAGCAGGUGGGGAGCAGAGGUGCAGCAGGUGGGGAGCAGAGGUGCAGCAGGUGGGGAGCAGAGGUGCAGCAGGUGGGGAGCAGAGGUGCAGCAGGUGGGGAGCAGAGGUGCAGCAGGUGGGGAGCAGAGGUGCAGCAGGUGGGGAGCAGAGGUGCAGCAGGUGGGGAGCAGAGGUGCAGCAGGUGGGGAGCAGAGGUGCAGCAGGUGGGGAGCAGAGGUGCAGCAGGUGGGGAGCAGAGGUGCAGCAGGUGGGGAGCAGAGGUGCAGCAGGUGGGGAGCAGAGGUGCAGCAGGUGGGGAGCAGAGGUGCAGCAGGUGGGGAGCAGAGGUGCAGCACAUGAGGUGGUGUACACGUGACAGCUGA